AUAAUUAAUAUUAAUCACGUGACUUAACCUCUACGGCCUGCGGGUUACGCCGUUUCGUGUUCGACAAAUAAUACAAAUAAAUAAUAAUUACGGAAGUAUUAAUAAUUGAUAUACAAAUGACUGAAAUAGUUAUUUACGAUAAUGACGACUAUUUAUAAUUCAAAUGCUGGUAUUUGUUAUGUAAAACAAGAGUUUAUUAUACAAAGACCUAAUAAGACUGAAGAUACGAAAACUGAAUCCCAAAAUGCUUCAGGUAAAAGAAAAUUUGAUGAUAAUGAAGUGGAUUGUGAGACCAAAAAGAUUAAAAACGAUGAAAUAAAUAGUACAAAUAGUCAUAAAGACAAAGUUAAGAAACGAGGUCAAAAUAAAGCAAGGCCAAAAACCUUUCAGGAUGAAAAAGAGAAUAAACCUUGUCCAAGUAUUAUAAAUAUAUCAAGCGACGAAGAGGCGAAACCAUGUCAUUAUCAAAACUGUAAAUACAUACACAGUUACCUUGAUUAUUUAAAAUUAAAGAAAGAGGAUAUAGGUAGUGAAUGUCAUAUUUUCAAUCUCAGAGGAAGAUGCCCUAGAGGAAUUGCUUGUCGCUUUGGCUCAAGCCAUAUUACAGUAGAUGGAUACAACAUAAUAAAUAAGGAAAAAGAAAAAUUAUGGUUAGAGGAUACAAGAAACACAAUGCAAACAACUUUACAAAUACAACUGCAAAAAAAGAAGUAUGACUUCUCUACAGCGGAAAAAUUAGUUAAAUCAUUAGACAUACGUAAAGGUAAAAAAAUUGAAUGUGACACCGAAAAACAGAAUGCAUCUGACUUCACUGAAAAAAAAUGCACUGGGGUGGUAACUGAUGAAGAUGUCAUUAAAACUUUACCGAGAGAAAAGAAAACUAUUGAUUGGGAGAAUAAAUUAUAUUUAAGUCCCUUAACCACUGUAGGAAAUCUACCAUUUAGAAGAAUUUGUAAAUUAUAUGGAGCUGACAUAACUUGUGGUGAAAUGGCACUCUGUGAAUCACUUUUAAAGGGUGCUAAGCAGGAAUGGGCUUUAAUUAAAAGACAUGAAUCUGAAGACUUAUUUGGUGCUCAAAUUUGUGGUAAUAAUCCGUUUGCCAUAACAAAAGUAGCACAACUUCUACAAGAGAAUGCUGAAUUAGACUUUAUUGAUCUAAAUUUGGGUUGCCCUAUUGAUUUGAUAUAUAAAAAGGGAGGUGGAAGUGGAAUGAUGCACAGAUUGCCAGCAUUAGAAACAUCUGUUAGAGGUGCAUCAACCAUUUUAAAUAUUCCUUUCACAGUAAAAAUGAGGACUGGUGUGUAUCAGGAUAAAAAAAUUGCCCACACUAUUAUGCCCAAAGUCAAAGAAUGGGGAGCUUCUUUGAUUACAUUACAUGGUAGGUCUAAAGAGGCUCGGUAUAGUAAAUUAGCAGAUUGGGAAUAUAUAGAAACUUGUGCAAAAACAGUCCAUCCUCUCCCAGUUUAUGGUAAUGGUGAUAUAUUAUGUUAUGAAGACUACAUCUUUAAACGUGAAUUAGCCCCAUCACUCCAAGGUGUAAUGAUUGGGAGAGGUGCACUUAUUAAACCAUGGAUAUUUUCUGAAAUAAAAGAACAAAGACUCUGGGAUAUAAGUGCUAAUGAAAGGUUUGAUAUUAUAAAAAAAUUCACAAAUUAUGGAUUGGAACAUUGGGGCUCAGACACUCAAGGUGUUGAAAAUACUAGACGAUUUUUAUUAGAGUGGUUAUCAUUUCUGUACAGAUAUGUACCUGUUGGUAUUUUAGAAAGACCUCCACAAAAGAUAAACGAGAGGCCCCCAAGUUAUUUCGGGCGCAAUGACCUAGAGACCAUGAUGGCCUCGGGUAAUUGUUCAGACUGGAUAAAAAUAAGUGAAAUGCUAUUAGGUCCUGUUCCAGAUGGUUUUAUAUUUUUACCAAAGCAUAGAGCUAAUUCAUAUUAAUUACUUAUAAUAAAUUUUAUUAAAACUACA